AUGGAGCCUCGCGCCCGCGCUGCCAAAAAUGUUGGCAAGAUGAACUUUAGCCACAACGAGCUGGCUCAGCUGCUCUACGCCCAUGGCGACGUGCGGAACCCCCUUCCCGAGACCAUCCGCGUCCUCGACGAGAUCGUGACCGAGUUCAUCCAAGGCAUGGCCUUCGAGGCCACCCGAGCUGCCAACUACGCAGGCCGGCAGAAGGUCAAAUACGAAGAUUUCGAGUUCGCCUUCCGAAAGAACGACGCGUUUCUCGGCAAGGUGCAGGAGGUCUUUGAGAAGAAGGGCGAGAUCGACUCGGCGAAGAAGAUCUUCACAAAGGACGACGAGGCCGUUCUCAUGAAGGACGCAGCGGACCAGGAGGGGGGCAAACAGUCAAAAGACAAGGCCGUCAACGGGCAGGGCGAUGCCGCGAGCUCUGCUGCCGAUGCUGCUGCGAAGCAGGAGGAGGAGCUGGGCGAGGCGGACGACGACGCCGAUGCUGAGAGUGAGAUUGCGGGACGACCAGCCAAGAGGGUCAGGCUCGACGGCGACGCAAAAUGA